AUGGAAAUCUUGAAUCACGAAGAUAUUAAGAUACCUAAUGAGUUACCUAUUGCGUUUAAUAAUACAACAGAAUUAAUAAAUAAACUUAAGAUCAGACCUACCAAUUUAAUUGAAUGGAAACAAAGACAUCAUAUUACAGGCUAUUUAAAUAAAGACCGAAAAAUGAGGAUAUAUAUAAUUCUGGGUGAUUGGUAUGAAGCUGAAGAUUAUCCAAGGCUCAAAUAUAAUCAUGACGAAACAUUGUCAGAUUGCGACGUACCAUGUAUCUGGAAAGUAAAAGAUUUAGGAAGCCUAACGCGAAAAGAACUUAAAAGUGCUGAUGCUCUUCUUUGUGUUAACCAACCAAUAAAUUUACCAAAAGAAAAAGCAUGGAAAGGGCAAAAAUUCAUACUAUAUAAUUUAGAGCCUAAAGAGGCUUGUCCACAUUGUCAUAAUCAAAAUCACCUAUUUGAUAUCCAUGCAACCUAUGAUGAUGAUUCUGAGGUACCUACAAGCUAUGUUAGAAUGGACUCCAAACAUUGGCGUUCAAAAUCUCCCUUUAAUGUAACAAAGCUCUCCAAAAAUUCUACAUUUGUCUCAUUUAUUGCUUCUCAUUGGACACAAUUCAGGGAAGAUUUUAUUUCAAGUAUUGAGACUUAUAUUCCCAUUGCAUCCUUCGGUAGUGUUCGCCAUAACUCUGAUUGGGACCUUCAUCCAGAAUGCGUGUAUUCAGAACGUUUUACUGCAAAAAAUUGUAUUAUUUCUAAAUAUCCAUUUUAUUUAGCGAUUGAAAACUCUAAGGAAAAGGAUUAUUCUACUGAAAAGCUUUGGGAUACAUUUAAUUUGGGUGUUGUGCCUGUUAUAUGGGGUGCGCCUAAUACUC